CACCUUUCAUUCCCUCGAUGGGACUCACAGCAAAGAUCAAAGACGUCGUCGGCAUGAUCAAGGACAAGGUCUCCCAAAGCAAAGCAGCAAUUCUCUCAAAAUCCACCAACCUCUCUCUGCAUCUAGCCCUCCUCCGCGCCACCACCCACGACCCCUUCUCCCCUGCCGACAACAAACAUAUCGAUACCAUCCUUUCCUUUGGCCACAGCUCACGCGCCACAGCCGCCACUGCCGUCGAGGUUGUAAUGGACCGUCUCCAGAGAACCCGCGACUCCUCCGUCGCCCUCAAGUGCCUCCUCAUCGUCCAUCACGUUGUCAAGCACGGCGAAUUCAUCCUACUGGACCAGCUAUCCGUCCGCCCCUUCACCGGCGGCAGAAACUAUCUGAAUCUCUCGAACUUCCGCGACAAUUCGAGCCCCUUAACUUGGGAGCUCUCCUCGUGGGUACGAUGGUACGCUCAGUACAUAGAAACCAUUUUGUCUACCUCUAGAGUUUUGGGAUACUUUUUUGCUUCCUCUUCAUGCAGUAUAGAUAUAGAUAAGCAAGAAGAAAAAAUCUCAGCGCUUACAAAUUCUUAUUUGCUAAUGCAAAUUGUUUCUUUGGUGGGACUGAUGGAAGAGAUCUGUAAAAGACCGGACUCUUUGCAUGUAAAAGUAAACAAAUUGGUAAAUCAGAUAAUGGGUAUUGUGGGUGAGGAUCAUUUAUCCGCCAUAAACGAGGUUUCGGUCAGAGUCAGCGAGUUUAGGGAGAGGCUGAGUGGCUUGAGUUUUGGUGAAUCGGUCGAGCUGGUCUGCACUUUGAGAAGGUUGGAGAAUUGCAAAGAAAGGCUGUUUGAGUUGUCCAGCAGUAAAGGAGCGGUGAUGGAGAGCUUUUGGGGUUUUAUAAGCGAGAUUAAGGAUGGAGUUGGGACUGAGAAAGAUGAGGGAAAAUUGGUGAUUACGGUGAGGAGAGGAAAGGCGGGCGAGAGUUCUGACGGCGGAAGAUUCAUGAUGCGAAAAUCCUCAUUUCGGGCUGUAUAG